UGUAAUUUUAACUUCGUACCCUCCACCGUAGAAAAUGUCUCUCUCCGCCGCCUUUAACUCCCUGAAGUCCUCCAAUCUCAUCUCAUGGAAAACGACAGGUAAGCUUCAACAAACCCUAGCGGGAUGCAUCGAACUGGCGGGGAAAACACUUCACACGGGGAAGGUUUCGAAGGUUAAGGUAUUACCGGGAUUCGCCGGAGAAGGAAGGAAUUUUGAGUUUCAGUCGAAAUUGAUUCCCGCGUCAAUCGAUUUUGCUCGAGAAUCCCCGUUGUGUACCACUCUUUGCAAAGACGGAUACAAGAUUCGGACCGUCGAGCAUUUGCUUUCGGCUUUGGAAGCUAAAGGCAUCGACAACUGCAUUAUUCAGAUUCGAAGUCUCGAUCCUGAGGAUUCUGAGGUUGAGGUUCCUAUUUUCGACGGGUCAGCAAGUGCAUGGGUUGAGGCAAUUGAACAAGUUGGCCGAAAAGAGGCCUUGGAUCGAUGUGGAAACAAUGCAGAAAAAUUGGCACCGUAUUUGAAUGAACCAUUGCAUGUUUUGAGGAAUGAUUCUUUUAUAGUUGGACUCCCUUCUUCAGAGGUUUGCAUAACUUGUGGAAUCGAUUUCCCGAAGGUAAAUUCUUUUUUUCUCUGCUAUGCUGAUUUAAAUAGUUGCCAUUGUUUCUAUGCUUCUUUAGCUAAAAUCUAUGUGAACUACAUUCAGGUGGAACAUAUGCGUGCUGCGGGACUCAUUAAAGGGGGAUCACUAGACAAUGCAAUUGUAUGUAGUGCUACUAAAGGAUGGCUGAAUCCACCACUUCGUUUCCAUGAUGAACCUUGUCGCCAUAAGGUCUUAGAUCUUAUUGGUGACCUUUCCCUUUUUGCACGAUCGGGCAGUCAAGGAUUUCCCGUGGCACAUAUAGUAUCUUUCAAGGGUGGCCAUUCACUUAAUGCUGAUUUAGUACGCCGACUAUCGGGAAUCAACGUUUAAGGAAGUCAACAGUCUUUCUAUUCAAAAUUCCUUUAGAAAUGUCUGGAUCAGAGCUCUGCAACACUCGGUGCCGAUGCCGGGAAGUUGGCCGAGGUAAGGUUAAGAAAUGCUGCAGUUUCUUACAAGUCCUUGGUUUGAAAAUGUUGGUCUGGAACUAAGCUCCCCCAACCCAAGUUUUGAUUGCUUUAUUUAAACACGUUUUGUUUUGGGGAGCUUACCAACCAUUCUUUCGUAAAUAGGCUAUUCAAAACACAU